AUGACUUUUGGCGUCACCACAUCCGACUUUCCCGAAGGCUGCGCCGUGGUCUUCGGCGGCUCCGGCGGCCUCGGUCGUGCGAGCGCCGGCCUGAUCGCGGAGCGCGGCUCAGACAUUGUUGUCACCUACAAGUCGCGCGCCGCCGAGGCCGAGUCCCUGGUCGAGGAGGUGCGCAAGCUCGGGCGCAAUGCGAGCGCGGUGGCUUGCGACGUUACCGACCGCAAGUCGGUCGAGGCCGUCUUUGAGCAUGCCGUCAAGACCUACAAGCGCGUGCACACGGUGGUGUCCGCCGGCGGCCUCGUCUUCGACACGGGCCCGCUGACCGACUUCAAGUGGGACUCGUUCCGCGGCGUCAUUGAGACCGACGUGUACGGUUUCUUCAACAUUGUGCAGGCCGGCGUGCCGGUGCUGCGCGCGGGCAAGGGCGGUUCGUUCGUGGCCUUGAUCACCUCGGCGACGGAUCGCACCGUGCCGCAGGAUGCGCUCUCGUCCACGCCCAAGGCGGCCGUGAAGAUGAUGAUGCGCCACCUCGCCAUCGAGGAGGCUGGCCACGGCAUCCGCGCCAACGCCGUGGGACCCGGAGUCAUCAACGCCGGCAUGGUGAUGCCAUUGAUGGAAACCCCUGCGCGGGCGCUACUCGAGGGUGCCACCGCCGUGACGCCGCUCGCACGCUGGGGUGAGGCUUCCGAGAUCGCCGAGACAGUUGCUUUCCUGGCCUCAUCGAAGGCGUCUUACAUCACUGGGCAAACCAUCAUGGUCGACGGCGGCCUCGCUGCAUAA